AUGAACAACACCGUGCGCGUCGAAGAAAACAUUUAUUUCGAUAUGGAAGUGAAAAGCGAAACUUGCGCAGGUGUUUAUGAGAAUAUCGUAAGCGAAGGUUCAGUGCCUGCAAUAAAACAAACAGCCUUUGAGAAGCAGGGGAAUGAGAAGAAAAGGGUUCCAAGACAAGCCACUCGUAACCGCCACACUCAGCCAGAUCCAGGGGUGGUUAAGCGACUGUUGUGCAUAAUCAUCGCUGUUGUUGCUGUUUUCUUUCUGAUCGCUGCUGCUACUUUGAUUUUAGCAGUGUUGGUGAUGAUGUUUCACACGGCUAAACCCGCCUCAGGAGAUUUUGCCUCAGUUCAAGGUAAGUCCAAUUGCCAGAUUUUGAACUUUUUUCUGUCUGAAUUCUUUGAAAGGUUCGUGGGAUAAAGACUUAAGGUCUUAGUUGUUUUGAGGUGUAGAUGUAGAAGAAAGGUCAGAGAGGAAAGGAGGAAAAGCCAUCUGCAGACACCUCCCUCUUUCCUCCCUAUUGACGCCUACGCCUGCUGCGUCUUCAACCGCAGUUGAAAAGUUUAUAUGAAUUCACUGUUCAUUUUCUCUUCGUUACCUCUGGCCACAGGCCUCCGGUGUUACGUUUCAAUAUCAAUUUAACAUAUAACAAAAAGAUCCUUGCAAGUACGUCGCUAUGAAUAUUUCCAUGCACCAAUAGAUUCGUUUCAGUGUCGAGAAACUGUUAGCGUGGAUAAAAUAACAAGGGUGAAACUGUUCAUGACACCUUACCCGGCUGAUAUCGCCAUCAGGGUUUCCGUAAGAGACACCCUAAACGUGCAAACAGGACAUUUAUUAUUUAUCUACUUUAACUUUUUAAUCCAUGCUAUCGUUCUUAAAUAGGAAGCACUUGAACAUCUUGUAACAGGUGGCUAGUAAAACGUGAACUUUAUUUAUGGGAUAACGUUUACAAGUGCAGCUUCGUGCUACUACAGGUUUUUAAACCUGUAGUAGCAGGUUAUUCCACCAGGUAAUCAACUUUGUUAACUUUCUGCAGGACGAUUUCAACUUUGUUUACUCUCUGUGUGUAUAAACUCGAGGUUGACAUACCAUGACCCUGGCUGAUAUUUAGGGACGUGAGUGAAUAACAUUAGCUCAUUGAUCCCUCCAGCUGAAAAGUUUUCUCCGCCCUGCAAGUGCAUCGACCCAGGAAUAACUUUAUCUUCCAAGAUCUCAAUUAUCUUCGGCGAGUUCAAAGUCAUGACUACCAAAUUAAUUCACAUGGAUUACAUUGUGUACCCACAAUACAAGAUCUAUUACACUAACUUUAAUUGAACUUUGUUACGACUUAAAACUGGGAAAAACGAUUAAGUGAAUCCUAGAUACCCCAAAAAAUUGUUAGUGUAUAAUUAUGGCCAAUGACAAUAUUUAAAAAAUGAAUGUUAAUUGACAAAACGUGUACUGGCCAAUUGCCAGCGUCUGUUGAAAUUAAUCCCUGUUUUUAUUUGGUAAUAAUUGAUACUCAAGAAUGAGUGGUGGUUGUAGAUCCAUCGCCGCAACUGGCAGUAAAGCAACAAACCAAUGCCACAAACUACUCAUGCACAUUCGUGAAAGACUCACACUGGCUUUUGUUUUUCUAGUCUGCCAGUCUUAUUCAAUUCACAAACGACAUUCUCUUUUUCAGUUGUUUUUUUCAAAUCUCACAUAAUAAACUCGGUGUUUUGAUUUCAAAUGCCCCAGGGAAGACUGUAUAUUCCCUAUCAGAAGAGAAUAUGAAAACCAAAACUUCUGCAAACAGAGUGUAUUGGGGAGUUCGAAAAUAGCCAGUUUCAAUUAUAAAUUACCUUGCAUUCUCUACGCGUUUACAACAAGCAACUGUUACAGUCAUGCCGCUUUAAUACUAUUACCUGUUUCGCGUGAGUUAAUAAGUGUAAGUUGUAGUUGAAAGUAAUGGCGUGCGUAUAUUCACAUGUACAGUUACUUACAUAACUUUAAAUUGUUCACAUCGAUCAUUCAGAGGAAUUCCAGCUAGCCGCGACCAUUGUAUAUAUUGUAUCGGGUAUGUUACAAUUUACGCCUGUAAACAAAACGUUAUGUCUAUUCCUGCUGUUAUAUAAUAGCUUAGUACACGUGAGCACGUGGAAACAAAAUGGAAGUUAUGGAGCGGGGCGGGGGGGGGGGUGGGGAAUUUUCGAGCCGCAGGAAUUUUUUUUCGUUAUCAAAUUCCUUGUAUGAAUUUCUUUAAGCCAUGGUAUGAAUAUUUUUUAGGGUUAAUUGGCGUGCAUGAAUUUUUUUUCAUUUAAUUUUCCCUUGCGCGAAAAUUUUUUCUGUGCUUCGCCCCCCCCCCCCCCCCCCCCCCCCCCCCCCCCCCCCCCCCCCCCCCCCUCCUCCCCCCCUCUCUCUGCUCUCGCCUCUUUUAUUUUUUCUAUACUUUAUAUUUUUAUUCUUAUUCUUUUUCUUAUCUUUACACUGUCCGCAUCUUCUUUCUGAUAUUCCUGCUGUUAUAUAAUAGCUUAGUACACGUGAGCACGUGGAAACAAAAUGGAAGUUAUGGAGCGGGGCGGGGGGGGGGGGGGGGGAUUUUUGGCCCCGCGGGAUUUUUUUUUCUUUUUAAAUUUCUUUGUAUAAUUUUUUUUAGCCCAGGGUUUAAAUUUUUUUAUGGUUAAUUGGGGGGGUAGAAUUUUUUUUUUUUUUAUUUUUCCUUGGGCAGAAUUUUUUUUUUGUUUCUCCCCCCCCCCCCCCCCCCCCCCGCUAUAACCUUUCUAAUGGUCGGUUCGUAAAGGGCUAUGUUACGCUAAUUGCUAUCUUUUAAAAAGCUAAAACUUUUUAGCCAGCCUGCUUUGCAGCCGGCUCACGUAUCGCGUGUUGUAUUGAGUGAUAUAGGAAGCUCCAAAUAGAAGGUUGAGAGUGUCUGCGAUGCAGGCUAAAACUGGCAUAAAUUAAAUUCAAGUUGGUCAAGUUUGGUCCAGUUUUAUUAUUCAAGACUUUACUUAGGCAUCUUUGCCCACGGAUGGAAGAGAUGAACAUGGACUAAAACUUGAAAAAGUUAGAUCACUUUUUUCAAAUUAUGUGCCUGCAAAAACCACCAAAAAAUAUUAUAAUUCAUGCUCGCUGAUAAGUAAGCAUUUUGUGUAUGGGAAAAGUCACUUAGUUAUUAUUGUCAGUUACCAAACAUUCGAUUUUAAAAAGGAAUUAAGUAGUGUAAAUCGGUUCGACUCUGUUCGCAAUCGGUAGCGCGAUCCAUCCCAAGGAAAUUUCAGGGGAUAGUGUCGUUCCAUAUAGAUCGUUUGGCGGACCGGUGUGAUCGGAAACUGAUCAGCUACAGGUUCCAUUUGAACAUUCCCGCUUCAGUUCCAAACAUUGCGGAGAUUUCGCCCAAAGGUUGAUUGGAAAAGAAACUUACGGUUUCGGUGACCCGCACUAAAACCCUAGGUUUAUUGAUCGCGAUUUCAUCCUUCGCUUGAAUCUUUGCCAGCCUGCCGCCUACCGUGAAACAUUUUGCCGCGAGAGAACAAAAAAUAAAUUCGUACCUAUGGCAAUUGAAUGGGUGCGAUUUUACUAACCGACGGCUUAGGAGGAUAGGAUCAGGAGCUAAAUAUAUAACGAUCAGAAGUCACGUUUCAUAAAAUUACGGAAAUUCCGUCCGCCGGAAAUGUUAGUUAAUAAGAUUACAUUCCAUCAAAAGUUCUGUUUUACGCCUCCCCUUUCUUCUAAUGCUUAAUUUUUUUAAACUCCAAGUUAGGAUUCUCCAGACGCCAAGCGAUACUUCCAUGUAAGGGUCAAACGGGAAAUUAUGGUGCCCCUCCCUGUGGAAGUAAAAGGGUUUUUUGUCUGGGAUAAGGUACAGAAAUCAGAGACUUGAAUCGCCCCAUGUACAGUUUUAACUCACAAUACCAUUAGAUUUUUGCUUGUGAAAUCUGGAAUCCUGGACUUUGGAAUCCUUAAUUCAGCGCAAGGAAUCCGAAUCCGGAAUUCCGCUAAGGAUUGCAAUCCGGAAUCCAAAGCGUAGAGUGCAGAAUCCAAGACUCUCUUGGAAUACCUACAUAGGGCUAUUUGGAUCAUUCAUGGGGAAUCGAUUAACAGUCAAAGAUCUGAAGUUUCUUAGUUUAAAUUUCAUUUAAAUACACCCCUCGGCUAUUUCUAACUGAACGUAAAAAAAAAACUUCUCCUAAUCACCAACUGGCGCAAUUAUGUCUUCCUUACAAACGGUAGCGCAUGAGAGGUCAACUAAAGGUCUACUUGAUAAGGACAGAGGUCUUAUUCAGUUUGACGGACAGACCCUUCCAAGGUUUUUUUUUUUUUUUUUACUGUUUUGAUAAGGACCAGUUAGCGAAUGUUCAUCGUCACUACUGGAAACAGCGCGUUUAAAAUUAGUAAACUUGCCAAGUUUGAAAGUGAUACUUCUGAUGCGGGCGAAGAUAAAACUUCACAGAGUCCUGAAAUUUUAUAGGUGUUUCUCAAGUGAAUCAUGGAGGGCAUAAACUUGCCUCCCAUCAUAUAAACGUCUACUAAUUUUCGUGACUUUACAGAACUAUUAAUCGUCGUUAGUUUUCAACAAAUCACUCUCAAACUUGUCAAGUUUACCAAUAAGAAUGUCGAUGGAUUUCGCCAGCAGGUUCAUGUCAAAAAUUGAAAAACCGGCGUGGAAGGGUCUGUUAUUUCACACUUUAAGUUAAAAGUGUUCCUGCUCUUUUGCGGGCUUUUUUUUUUUUGUUAAUUUAAUUCACUGAAGAAAUGUUUGACCUCUUCCUAUCAUAACAAAAAAUUUUCUCUCUCCUUUUCUUGUUAUGUUAUUCCCCGCACGCCGCUAACAGCUGAAUUGGAGGAACUGAAGAAAAAUGUUUCUCGCAUGGCCAGUGAUUCAAAGGUAAGUUAAAAUUGCAAUUAUACGUUCUAGAGUAAGUUGAAAAUCACUGAUGAUAGUUAGAUGAUUAGACUGGUUGUUCAGAUGAUUGGGCGAUUCUUUUUUUGUACGUUGGUGAGUGAGUUGGUUGCCUUGUACUCUAGACAGUUUGCUAUUGGGCUAAACUGGUUGGUCUGUAUAAGGCUAUCAGAGUCCUAUCACUAUAACUGUCUGAUAUGUAGUUUAUUUUUAAGAAUCUAAUAUUCUUCAGCUGGUAACUUUUCCUUCUUUCUAAAGGAGAAAAUUAAAGUGCUUCUCCAAGACAUAGAAAGAAACAGAGAGGAGGUGGCCAAGCUAAAUAAAAAGGUAAUUUCAAAGACACAUGAAGGUAGAUUUGGACGCCAUAUGCUCUCAUGAACGCUUCAUGAGGGAAUGACAAUUUUCUUUUUUUGCUGCAAGCAAACUUUGCUACAGGUUGUGUUUUGUAAAUCCCCGGUAGCCGACCAUCCUCUGAUCCUUUUGAUUUAAAUAGUAAUUUAAUUUAGAUAAUGCCUGGCGUUUUCAAAGUUUAACUGAGCGGUGAACUUUGAGGGGCUUUACUUGUUGGUUAACUGGGUACGUCUAGUCACCUAAUGAACCUUGGUCAUAUUAGUAAUGGGGUGCGUAAAGUACUUUGUUACAUCGACGUUCAAAACGACGCUGCUCCUUAUUUUCUUUUUGUUUCCAUCAGUAUAAUGUGACAGCGCUUUGGCAAGAAAUACGCUCCAACAGAGAGGGUGUGAAACAGAUCAUUGAAAAGGUACUUGGGAAACUGACACUGAUACAAUACAUUCAAACCUUAUAUUUGGCCGCAAUACUUAGGAAAUGGCUAACUGACCACUUCAUACAGUUGGACUGUUAACUAAAGGAUGAGAAUGAAGAGGAAGCGAGAGUAACCGUUCAAUAGACUGAGUUCGCAUUAUAGAUCUUUAUACAAGUUUGACAGUAUUUUUUAAAAGAAUUCAUCUCCGAAGGUGAAAAUUAAAAGAACUCAAAUUUUUUUCUUGAAAACAUUAGGAAAACAUGACGGCGCUUUGGCAAAUGGUUCUAGCAAACAGGAAAAACAUACAACAGCUGCAUCAAAAGGUAACUUCAAGUUGCACAUUUGCUACGACGUAGAAUCCUUCAGGGCCAUAAAAACUGACUUUAGUUGCUACUCAUUUCGCUAGCAUACCGUGCCAUAUGUGACCUAAAAUAGGUAUGUGUUCAUGUCAAGGGUGGAGUUUUAAUCAGGAGUAAAAAUCAGAAGUUUUGUUCGACUACCAAAGGUUACCACAGUUGAACCUCUAUUAAGCGGCCAGUAUCCAAAGUCCCGAAAUAACUGAAGAACAGAAUGAGGAAUUAUAGCUCCAUCAAGCGGCCUCUCUUAUAAGCGGCCGAGGCCAACUUUUGGCCGUCCCAACAAGAGUUCUUCCACUGUUUUCACCUCUCUUAAGCAACCACCAAGCGAUGAUACACUUAGUUUGGCUUGGUCUUAAGAAUAUCAUGCCGGAAAAUGAAGUGCGAGGUACAAGGUAAUUACCAACUGUGGACCAGUAAUACUGCUCCCGUCGCGUGUUUGUUUUAAAAUACACUGUAAAAUGAUGUUUCUGCUAAAGAAUAUUCUAAUUUAUGACGAACCUCCAUCGAGCGAGGGUGGCCGCUUUAUGGAGGUUGAACUUUUGCAUUUAUAAAUAAUUAUCAGUGGAAUAAAUAAUAAGAGUUCCUAGUUUAUAGUAAGUCUAGAUAGGGUAGAGAAUUUCGGCGAAUAUUCCACCAGAAAUUAAGGUGGCAGAAUCGCAAUUCAACCUUGUCUUUUAGCACAUAUUCCAACCAAAAAAUCCCCCCUCCCACAACGACUGAUAUUUUUCUCUUCGUGUCAGAAAAACAUGACAAUGCUGUGGCAACUGGUACAAACAAACAGAGUAAAUAUACAACAGCUGCGUCAAAAGGUAAGAUCUUUGAUGGAAUCCUUACGUAAACAGGCUAAAAAGGCACAAUUGCAAGUCAGUUUACCAUUUAAUUUACUUGGGUUCUCUUGGCUGUAGUUAGUACCUCUGUCUGAUGCAUUUUUUUAGAGAGGCACGGGCCCUUUAGUCUCUAGUUGUUACAAACUGAUCAAUUGGUUAUUACUGUUGAGUUUAAGUGACCCACAAGGGUAUUUCUGGCCCCCCUAAUUUUCGUCAUCUUUACGUCCAAGCUAUUCACGGAAAGUAUGUUUUAACAUUCCCUUCAUAAGAGGCCUGGUCAACUACAGAAAUUGAUUAGUCAUUAAUCUUUUCGUUGGUUUCAAAUCCAUUAUAAGCUUCUUUAUUUACAUUGUGUUCAUAACUGUUUUUUGUACGUAGGUGAUGAACAUAAGUGAACGUCAAGGUCCUAGGGGGGCCGUUGGACCGGCUGGUCCCUCGGGUCCCCCGGGAUACAAUGGCACCCAGGGCCGUCCCGGUGAUACAGGGCCACGUGGACCGUCUGGUUCCGGCAAUCUGACGCAAUGUUCUCACAAGAAAAAGGAAAGUUCCCCGUUUUCCGCGGGAUGGCAUUCUCGAAUAGCGGUCACCGCGGAAGAAACAAAGGUGGGAAUUUCAACAAUUAUAGUCUGAUUAUUUUAACGUCUACGCAUGUGCAGAUACGGGAGAGGUCUGGGAUCUAAACAAGUAUCGUUUACAAAACAUCAUCACAUUUUGGCGAUUUUUAAGGUGGAUUCUGAAUAUUUAAGGUUCCCAUUUAAAGUAAAGGUAGUUUAUUUCAUUCUUCGUUCAAUUCUCGAUUGUAGUUUUGUAAUUUUUUUCUUAUACUUGUUUCUAUGAACAAAAGAAGACGUACAAACGAAGCGUCUCUGCUAAAUUAGUAUCGUUUGCAAAAGGAUUUUCUAAACAUCCUCAAAUUUUGGGGAUUUUUAAGGAGGAUUCUGAAUAUUUAAGGUUCCCAUUUAACGUAAAGGUAGAUUAUUUCACACAUAUGUUAUAGCCCACAAGUAGCGAAACGCGCGGGCUUUUUGACGGCAACAAGGGAUUAAAGUCUAUUGUAGCUUUAACUAGCUAAAUGUUUUUUAUUCUCGAUAUUUUUGACCAACUAGUUGGAUUUUACUAAAAACAAUUAUUCCUGUCGCCCUCAUGGGCUAUUGACUCAGAGCCCAUUCGGGCUCGAGAAAUAAUUGUUAACUACAGCUAUUGGGAUAAGAGAUAAACGACCAAAACAAAUUUAGAGGGGUAAGGGAUAGCUGCAAAAUAUUUCUAGUUCGUGGCAAAAUCAUGUAUUUAAAUGGGCACCGUGAGAAAACUACCGUUAGUGUGCAUUUUCGUACAGACGUUGAGAACCUACAACUUACUUUUGCCUUAAUUCAUUUUUUGCUCUAGGGAUAUAAAUUUCUUGGUGUGAACUGUGACACAAAUGAUGCAAACGUUGUGCAGCUCUCAAGCACACCGCUUUCAAAUGGUUUAAGACAAUACAAGUGUUCUUGUAAAGGUUCUGUUAGUCUUAAUGCCGGAGACACUAACAACAACAAGAACUUGUACUGUUACAUUCACUACUGGGAAUGUCCAGUCUGA